CUGCCGAUGUUGCUUGUUACUGGGUUCUUGGGCUCAGGAAAGACGACCCUCCUCCGGCAUCUUCUCACGAACAAAUCGAACCUCAGGAUAGCCGUGCUGGUCAACGAGAUCGGAUCCAUCGACAUCGACGGAGAGCUGCUCAGGUCAUGCGACAACAACGCCGGCCUCGGCAUCUGCACGCAGGAGCUGACCAAUGGCUGCGUUUGCUGCAACGUGCGGGACGACCUCAGGAGGGAGGUGUUGAAGGUGCUCGAGCGGAGGGAGACAGUGGACUACCUGGUCAUCGAAACUUCCGGCGCUGCUGAUCCUCGUCCUGUUGCUGCGAGCUUGAACAAGCUGUGCAGGCUCGACUUGGUGGUCACAGUUGUUGACGCAACCGCCAUCUCCUCCCAGCUCGAGACGAAGCUGGCACGGCAGCAAAUCUCGGCGGCAGAUUUCAUCCUGCUGAACAAGGUCGACCUCCUCGGCUCUGAGCAGGCUGUGUCCGAAGUGGAACGGGAGAUAUCGAAGUUAUCGUCCGCCAAGAUCGUCAAGACGGAGUAUGGGAGAGUCCCCAUUGAGCUGCUGAUGGACCUCCAUGUCGAGACGAUGGGCAGGGGAGGACAUGCGCACUUUCACAACAAGAAGCUGCAUGCUGGUUUCGAGGAUCACACGGCUCACCACGAGGGCCAGCACCAUGGCGGGCACGAUGAACAAGAGAGGAGCUCUAUCCGGACUCUUGCCUUGUCCCUGACGGGUCCGGUGUCCCUGCGCAAGUUCCAGCGGUUUCUGUACGGAGAUCUGCUGCCGGAGGAGCUGGGAAGCAACCUGGUCAUGAGGGCCAAAGGGUUGAUCUGCUUCGCUGAAUGCCGACGGCACAAGUUGGAGCUUCACGUCAGUGGGCUGCAGCGAGUCGACGUCACGCACGAGGGGGCGUGGGAGAGCACUCCCAAGACGAAGAUGGUCAUCAUAGGGAGCGGGUUCGACCAUGCCAGGAUGCAGGCGGCCUUCGAGGCCUGUGAAGCCAGG